AUGGAAAAUACGAACGAAAGUCAAGAUUCGCCUGAUAUUGCUGAACUAAUUUGUUUUUUACAAAAGAAUAAUCUGAAAAAAACUGAAGUAUGUUUUCGUCGUGAGUACGAUUCACGCUCGAAUCAAAUUUCAUCAGUCAAUGUAAAUGAUUAUUUUGUUGUGUAUUCAUGUCUAUCGAAUUUUAUAUUGAAUUCUUCAUAUCAAUUGGAGCUAAUACAAUGUCUCUUUCCACUAUUUGUACAUCUUUAUUUGGAUUUAAUUGAACAUAAUUCUACCGAUGAAUGUCAACGUUUUUAUAAUCAAUUUGUUGAUUCAACAUUUCAGUCGUUGCAUCGAGAAUUUUUUAGCCAAUUAAAACUUAUUUCACAUUCAUCGAAACAUCUCUAUCAAUGUCCAUUAACAAAUGUAUUUCGUACGAGUCGAUUUUUUUUACGUCUAUCAAUGACAAGUUGUAAUGAAUUACAAAAUUUUAUUGAUUCAACAAAAAGUUUAACAAAGUUUGAUUUAACAUCAUCACAAAUUUCUCUUCUGCUAUCUAUUUUUCAACAGUAUAUUAAAAUUGAUAUUGAUCAACAAUUUUUUACUCCAUCGAAUAUUGUUCGUUUUCAAACUGUUGAACAACCGAUGACGCCAAUCUUUGUUCAUACGACUGUUGCUAAUACAAUACAAUUUACUCGAUUAUAUACUGGAAUGUUUCCAUUACAAUCAUCAGCUGAACAAAAACGAGAUUUAUCAUCGUUAUAUCCACAAAUGAAUUAUAAUCGUCUUCCGAAUAAUAUCGAUUUAAACAAUAUACCGCGUCUUGGUCCUCAUAAAUUACCUUCGAUAUGUUUAUAUUCAUUGAAACAUUCUAAACAAACAAUUAAUUGCGUAACUCUAUCCAAUGAUUGUCGUCUCCUGGCUAUUGGUUUUCAAUCAUCAGAAAUAUUAAUUUGCUCGUUAAAUCCUAAUCAUAAACUUUAUUCAAUGAAACCAGCAACAGAACUUCAUCAUUCAAGCAAUAUUAAUAUUCUUGAUACAAAAUCAGAUUUAGAUAAAACAAACGAACGCUUAUUAAUCGGACAUACUGGCAGUAUAUUAGCAUUAGCUUUUGAACCCAAUAAACAACUCUAUUUGCUAUCUGGUUCACAAGAUUGUACGAUACGUUUAUGGCAUUUAUCGACUUGGUCUUGUCUGGUUGCAUAUAAAAUGCAUUUUCAAUGUAUACUUGAUGUAACUUUUGCAUCGAAUGGUCAUACAUUUGCUUCAUGUAGUAUCGAUGGUCUUGUUUGUCUUUGGACCAUUGAUAAAAUAAGUCCAUUUAGAAUCUAUCCUGAAUAUGGCCAUAGUGGCCCGAUUAAUCUUGUUGAAUUUCACCCAAAUGCCAAUUAUCUGGCUUCAGCACAUUGUGAUCAUACGAUUCAUCUGUGGAAUAUUUAUCAUGAGAAUUCUCUAGUACGCAUUUUUAAUGGUCAUCGCCAUCAAAUUAGUUCACUUCGAUUUUCACCCAAUGGACAUUUUCUUGCAUCAGGUUGUUGGAAUGGUGAAAUUAUUCUAUGGGAUAUUCAAAAUAAUCUACAAAUAGCACAUUUAUCUUUACAUAAACAAGCAAUAUCUUCCAUUGAAUUUAAUCCAUUAACCGGUACAUUAUUAUUAGUAGCGAGUAUUGAUUCAAGUAUAUCAUUAUGGAAUUGUUUUAUGAUAACAAAACUGUAUGAUGAAAAAUUAACAGAUUCAAUAAAUUCUCCUUCAUCAUCAUCAUCAUCGAAUAAAAUACUUUUAAAUUUAUUUAAAACAAAAAACACUUCAUUAUUUCAUAUUAGGUUUUCGAAAGAAAAUAUUCUCUAUGCUAUUGGUUUAAUCGAUAGGACUAAUAAAUAA